AUGAUGCGUCAUGCCUUCUGUCGAGGCAUUGUUGCCAUCCCGCCGCGUGGUUUCGCGCGGUCCUACACAGACGCCAAGACAAUUCGCCAACCGAACAGGUUUGAUCAGCUUGUAGACGCCCAGAACGAGGCAUACAUUGAAGGUCUAUUGAAGCAGUACGAGAAGGACCCGACGCUGGUGGAGCGCAGCUGGAUCCCUGUGCUGGAGAACAUCAAGAAAGGCCCUGCUGAUGAGCCCGUUGUACCCACCUUUCACCGCCCCACCUCGGGGCGCACACUGACGGAGCAGGAGAGGUUGCAAAAUAUGAGUCUUUCGUGGAUGAUUCGAGCGUAUGAACGGAACGGGCACUACAUCGCUGCCCUGAACCCGCUGUACUACACGGAAGCAGUUCGCCAGACCGCACUCCACCCCUCUGUACUGGACCCUGCCAGCUUCGGCUUCACUGAAGAGGAUCUUCAGAAGGUCUUCCACGUGACUUUUGGGUGUGACUUUAAGGCGACCUUUGUUGGUGGCGGGACGGCACGCACGCUGAAGGAUAUCGUGGCACAACUGCGACGCAUGUACUGUGGUCCAAUUGGAUUUGAGUUUAUGUUCUCCGGUUACUUUGACCUCCGAAACUGGUUUCGCCAGGAGAUUUUGAACACACUGACGCCGCUCGAACGCAAAGAUCGCCUCAACAUUUUUGACGAUGUGGUGCGCAGCUGUGGCUUCGAGCACUUCCUGCAAAUCAAGUACGCGACACAGCAGCGCUUCGGCCUUGACGGUGGUGAGGCGCUUAUCCCGGCGAUGAAGGCGGCGAUUCAGGAAGCCAACGACCAGGGCGCCACCUCCUGCAUCCUUGGCAUGGCGCACCGCGGUCGCCUGAACGUGCUGGCAAAUAUUCUGCAGAAGUCGACGGUAAAUAUAUUGGGUGAGUUUGAAGGUAAGGUGCCCAGCAACACGACGUCACACAUCGGCGACGUCAAAUAUCACCUUGGGCAUCGCAAAUACGUGCCUCUUCGCAAUGGAAGUUUCAUUGAUCUUGAGCUUCUGCCCAAUCCGUCUCAUCUGGAGGCGGUGAACCCGCUUGUUCUCGGCAAAGCCCGUGCACGGCAGGUGUAUGAAGGCAAGGCGGACUCCUCAAAGACACUUCCCAUUCUCAUUCAUGGUGAUGCCGCUAUCAUGGGUCAGGGAUCGUGCUAUGAGACGAUGGGAUUCUCUGACCUCGAACAGUUCCAGGUUGGUGGCACAUUGCACAUCAUAUUGAACAAUCAAAUCGGUUUCACAACGGACGUCUGGGACAGUCGCAGCAGUACUUACUGCAGCGAUCUUUCAAAGGUAAAUAACGCACCCGUGCUGCACGUUAACGGGGACGACGUCGAGGCGUGCGUCCGCGCAUGUCGUAUUGCUGCACGCUUCCGCCAGGAGUUCCACCGCGAUAUCAUCAUUGACCUCGUCUGCUAUCGCCGCAAUGGCCACAACGAGGCGGAUUUACCUGACUUCACCCAACCGCAAAUGUAUCAGGCGAUCCGCAACCACCCCAGGCUGGUUGAUGUGUAUUCAAAGACUCUACUAAAAGAAGGUCUUCUGACUGAAGAGGUGGUCGCAACAAAGAAGAAGGAAUACGAAGGGCAAAUGCGUCAAGCACUCGAAGCCGCGCAAAGCUCACAGGAUUUUGUCAAGGUAAUGCCGUACUUCCAACUCGAGUCGGAGAAUCAAGCCGAGAUGCUCCAGCCAGCAGUGAGAUCUACAGAUGACAUCCCUGCACCAGUGGAAACGGGUGUUGAUAUUGAUGUCCUUCGAAGAGUUGGUAUGCACAUCACCACGAUCCCCAGCGAUGUAAAGAAGCCACACCCAGUCCUGCAGCGCACGUAUGCGGCUCGCAAGAAAGCGAUUGAAUUGGGUGAGGGUGCAGAGUGGUGUCUGGCCGAGCUUCUCGCCUUUGGAACGCUUUCCUUGGAGGGGGUGAGCAUACGUCUCACGGGCGAGGAUGUUGAGCGAGGCACCUUCACACAGCGGCACGCCGCAGUGACCGAUCAGGAAACCAACGCCAAAUACAUUCCCGUAGCUAAUCUGUCAACGGACCAGGCACUUGUGACGAUCUGCAACAGCAGUCUUUCAGAGUUGGGUGUGUGUGGAUUCGAGCUCGGCUACAACGUUGAAAAUCCGUCCAACCUCUGCAUGUGGGAGGCUCAAUUUGGUGACUUUGCCAAUGGUGCCCAGGUUAUCAUUGACCAGUUCUUAUGCUGUGGCGAAGAGAAGUGGGAUUUGAAGUCCAGUCUGAUCCUGUCGCUACCGCAUGGUUACUCUGGAGCAGGUCCUGAGCACAGUUCCGCCCGAAUCGAACGUUACCUACAGCUUAGCAGUGAUACUGACUCGGUCCCGAAUAAUUUCCGUCAAUCCUCUCCUGCACGUAUGAUGGAAGCCCGUAUUCAGAAGUACAACUGGCAAGUUUGCUACCCGAGCACUCCAGCAAGCUACUUCCACAUGUUGCGCCGCCAAGCGGUACGCACAGAUGUUAAGCCCCUUGUCUUUUUCUUCUCCAAGGCACGUCUCCGCGCCCCCAACGUGUCCAAUCUUUCCGAGAUGGCGAAGGGCACCGCGUUUAUGCCUGUCAUUGACACUGCUGCGCGUAAUGAUGUGGUGGCACGCAAGGUUCUCUUCUGUACGGGUCAAAUAGAGAGUAUUGUGGAUGACUACCGCAAAAAGCAAUCUGCGCAAACGCCCGGUAUACAUGAGGAUGUUGUGCUCGUGAAGCUUGAGCAGCUCUCGCCCUUCCCAUGGGAGCAGGUCGCUGAUGUCUUGGAGAAGUACCAUGGUCGCAAUCCGAACGUUCAGUUUGCAUGGAUGCAGGAGGAGCCGAAGAACAUGGGUUCAUGGGCGUACAUGCGCCCACGCUUCCAGCGCCUCAUGCGCCACCUCGGCAUUGCGCAGAGUGGCGACAGCUUCACGUAUAUCGGUCGGUCAACCUCAGCGUCCCCUUCGACUGGUUACGGCUCCGUUCACGUGGAAGAAGAGAACAAGCUUAUCGCUGAAGCAUUGGCGUAG